AUGAACUCGUUCUUGAACUCGUGGCAGCUGGACACGGCUACGCUGGAGCUGGAGCUGCCUGCCGUUACUGCAGUGUGCGAGAGCGCCACGGAGGUCAUGGAGGAUCUGACGUUCGUAGCUGCCAACGCGUGCGCGACCAAUGACGGCCCACUUCGAGCACAGUGCGUGCGCUUCAUCGCUCGCUUGCAAGAGCUCGUUGUCGAGAAGGUGGAUCUCACGACGGCGCACGUACUGCAAUUCGCCGACGAGUACGCGGACUUGUCACCAUCCGUCCCAGCACCGACCAGCAGCUCUAACAAUGUAAAUGCAACGCGUGGCGAGGUGAAGCUGGCGAGUGCAUCCCCGAACACAGGCUGGGUGCAACUUGGGCUGUGGGUAAACCUGCUAGCCAAAGGAUCUUCACGUAACAAGCGCGUGGAGUUCUCGGAGCUCGGUGUGAGCAUAGAUCUCCCGAAGGCUGUCAUCACGCAGUCAUUGGCGUUGCGCGUGACGCGUUGGCCGUUUGACGCGUUUUCCUCUUUGUCGGAAGGCACCGAUGUCGCGCUGGGUGGGGUCUUCUCGCUCGAGUUACUGGCAGUACCGUCGCCUCCGAAGCGAGCUCGAGGGUGGAUCAUGAGGGAAGUGCCCGACGCGCGCGAGCAAUUGAAGCGCCUGCAUUAUCCUUUGGAUGGUAUGGUGCUCUCUGCUGCACUACCUAUCAAGGCCAGCCUAACAUUGCCCAAGGAUGUUCUCUUUGCGCCGACCACCGCUGUGAACGCGUCUAGUGCUGAGAUGCCUCGCAUCGGUUGGUGGGACGCGACCCGCAUGCGCUGGGAAGAGGAAGGCGUGACUGACGUUGUGUUCCAAGAAGACACGAACUCGGUCAACUUCAGCACACUGCGGCUUACUCACUUGGCGCUACUUGUUCGACGUGACCGCAACUACCACAAGCGCUCGUGGCGCUUGUGUAUGGAUACCAAUAUGCGCGCGCGGUUGACGCUAAGCACAGCAAUUUUUCCCCGUGUGCAGUUCGAGAUCACGCCGUACGGAGCGAGACUUGUAGAGCCUGCUCUUUCGCAGCUCGAGGCGCUGAGUAAGGAAGCGCUGCCUCCAGGGGAACUUCUCACACGACUUGCGCGUGCCGGAAUCGAUCUGUGCCCUCCGCUGGAUCUGGAGCAUGAGGAUAACGGUGAGGGAAACCAUGAGAGCGAUGAAAGGCAACGCUUGGGCUUCGUUCCGAAGAUGAAAAUGCUCGAAGACCGCGUCAUCGAUGAAAUCGCGAGCAUCGUGGCGGGUUUUGAGGUCACUGACGGCAACGGCAACGCUGAGUGGGGUCGCACGAACGGUGCAGCAACUAGUCGGUGGCCGAGUGCGAUCAGCAAUAGCAAGCAGAUUGUCUUCUCGGUCAAGGAGAUGUCUUGGCCCUACAUGACGGACGACCAUGACAGUACUCAGCAACAGGCGGGUGAAGACGAAGGAGUGCACCUUGCCACCAGCGCUGCAAGCGUUCUCAUUCUAGCCGAGGUCGAUGAAGAGGCUAGUGGCGGGUGCGAGGAUAUCUACGACACACACGUGCAUCUCCGUCGAGCGCUGGAUGAAAUUUCGUCUCCGGAUGCCCGCGAUCGCAUGGACAACUCACAUGUUCUCUUCGAGCUCACGUUGCAGAAGAUGUUACGUCUGCUUCGGCUGCUCAGCUACUCGCAGCCACCUCCGCUGCGUGGCCACGGCGGUGUCAAGCAAGGAAAGACAGGAGAUGACGGGGAAGGCGCGGCAUCAGCAUCAUCUCCUACGACAAGCGCUGCUGAGGCGACGGCGGAGCCAGACAGCAAGACACAAGAAGAACCUCACGAUGCGGCGGUACCCGACAGCUCGACCCAACAAGGAGGCGAAGCUAGCGCAGUUCCGACUGAGCCCAACUAA